UAUAUAUAUAUGUACACAUAUAUAUGAAGCACCAUAAAAAAGGAAGGUGAGAAAGUAAGCAAAAUGGGAGAAGCAGAGGGGUGUAGCAAAGACAAAAGAUGGAGUCUUCACGGCAUGACUGCACUUGUCACCGGUGGUACCAAAGGCAUCGGGCAUGCAAUCGUAGAGGAAUUAGCUGCAUUCGGAGCGAUUGUGCAUACAUGUUCUCGAACUGAAACUGAGCUCAAUGAUUGCUUACUCCAAUGGAAGGCAAAGGGUUUACGAGUUACCGGUUCAGUGUGUGAUGUUUCGAAUCAAGCUCAAAGAGAAAAUCUACUAAACACGGUUUCUUCUGAGUUUAAUGGGAAGCUUAACAUCCUGAUAAAUAACGUGGGAACGAAUAUAUGGAAAAUGGUGACAGAUUACACGGCGGAAGAUGUUUCAUUUUUGACGAGCACCAACUUCGAAUCUGCUUAUAACAUUAGUGUAUUGGCACAUCCCCUUCUGAAAGCUUCCGCCGCUGCAAGCGUUGUGUUUAUCUCUUCUAUUGCUGGUACAUUACCUGUAUUUAAUACGGCUAUAUAUGGAGCCAACAAAGGGGCCAUGGAUCAUCUUUCGAAAUUCUUAGCUUGUGACUGGGCAGGAGAUAAUAUUAGGGUUAAUGCCAUUGCACCAGCACUCAUCAAAACUCCCCUCUCUCAACGUUUUACUGAAGAUAAUGAAGAAGGAAAAAAUGCAAUCAUAAGCCGAACACCAUUAGGACGGGCCGGUGAGCCAAAGGAAGUGUCGGCUAUGGUUGCUUUCUUGUGCCUACCGGCGGCUUCAUAUGUAACAGGGCAGCUUAUUUUUGUUGAUGGUGGGAUCACUGUGAAUGGCCUCUGUUUUCCAAAUCAAAUUACAAAACAACAUGAGCCAUGAGCCACGAGCCAACUCAAAUGUGUACGUUGUUUGUAAGUUGUGAUGUAUAAGACCUGUUUGGGAAAUGAGCAAGAGGAUGUUGGAAAUAAGUUAUUGCAAAAAAAAUCUGUUAGCACUUACUGGAAAAUAAAUAACGAAAUAUGAAAUAAAAAAUUAUUGCGUCUGGGUAAA